AGGUAAAAAGCUGUCAAGUGAAAUAUGUUUCAACGCCUACAUAUGUUGUCAUAGUUGCAACACUAAAUAUACCUUGCAUCGCGAUGCGAAUGUCAAAGGCAGAACUCAAAGCCUGGAAGAAAAAAAAAGUGUUGUUUUAUUGAAAACAUGGCGAAUUUCAGCUAAAAGAGCAGGUGCAAUCACAAACUAUUCGAUUCUGGAAUUAAUUGCCAGGCAGCAGUGCAUAGAAAUUAAGGGUGCAUCAAAAUUGACGCGUGUUAAAUGCAAACAAGAAAAUUCCAACACAGACCUUGAGUGGUAGCACACAUACACAUCUGGCAAACACACACACACACACAUCUUGAUAAACGGGGCCCAGUCGAAAACGUCAUACACAUAUUCGCCGUCCCGCCCGCACGCUGCUUUAAGCCAAAUUAGCAGACUUUUUCAAGCAGGAAGUCCGGUCCGAGGAUCCAACCACGACGACAGCUGCAAAAUGGUAAACGUGCCGCCCCUGCUGUGCAGCACGCCGCCACCGAUCGAUUUUGGCGAGGACGACGACGACUCCGGGCUGCAGUCGACGAUCAACUUGGACGACGGUGACGAAUACCCCGACGAUGACUUUCGCUUAGUCACCAGCCGCUCAACGGGGCUCGAAGCGGGGCUCAAUGCAAAAGAAGCACAGUCACAGUCACAGCCAGAACCCCAACACCAAUCCGUAGCCAUAUCAGCGUACAGUGAACGGCCGCCCGAUCUGGAACUGAUUGAGAAUUGUGAGAUUAGCAAACCAUCUGUAGACGCCAUUAAGCAAACUGUGGAGGCUUUCAAUUACCAAGUGAAACAGUCGCAAUCGCUUGAGGGGUACGACGGUUAUCAGGAAACGCCCCCGCCCCUGGCAGAUGAGUUGGAGGAAUCCGAAGAAGUGGAGGAAGAGGAAGCCAAUAUAAAUGACAACGUGCCGUCCCUUAAAUUGGACAGCCUGAGUCUGUAUUCCACGGAAAGUGUCUCGGCCUCGUCCACACUGUCGCCCGUUGCAGAUGCCGACGAGGAGAUGCCGCCACCACCAACGACUACGACGACAACCACAACCACAACCAAAGCACCUGCACUUGCACCUGUCCUCAGCCAUCAAGUCACGCUGGAGGAUGUGUCCGAUGACAGCGACGAGGAGUGUUCGCCAAAGAAACCCAAAGAACUAUUUAUACGCGAGGGAGCCGAAGAUUUCUUUGCCAUUGAAGUACUGGCCACACCCCCAGCCACAGCCACACUGACCUCCACCCAGACCCAGUCCCAGUCCUCCUUCUCCCAGUUGGAAAAGCCAGCAGCGGAUGCAGAUUUAUUUAAUUUUGCUGAUAGUUUUGAAGAGGCGACAGCACAGUCCUCUGUUCGGAAGGAUGUCAUCCAAGAGCAGCAGCAGCAGCAGCAACAAACGAAUGAUGAGGACGAAUUUUAUGACUUUGGCGACUUUGAUGAUUUUUCGGCUGUGCCCACGCCAACAGUGGAAGCUAUGCCACCGCCAGUUCAGCAGAGAAAAGAUUCCCUGGAGGCUGCUCCUCCAGCAACUGCUGCAGAUGAUGGCUUCGAUGAUUUUCAAGAGUUUGCCACUCCCCCAGAAGGUGAUGCCGACGAUGACGAUGACUUUGGUGACUUCUCAGAGCCCCUCACAGCACCCAUACCCAUAGCCGUAGCCGUGCCUCCGCCACCGCCGCCUGCAGCAGUCCACCUGAGCAUUGAUGAGCGCAUCAAGCCAGUCCUAGAGCUAAUGUUUCCCCUGUCCCAGGAGAGCAGUGCCGCGAAUGAGGCCAAACGGCGGCCCCUGGCCCAGUGUCAGACCUUCAAUUUUGGUGCCAUCGAGCAGGCGCAGGCCCUGGACUAUCAGUGGACCAGCUCGGAGAUGAGGCACUCCCUAGUGCGGUCCCUGGGCAUCGAUUCAAGAAAUAUACUCUUUGGGGACAAGUGGAAUGCUUCCAUGCCGCGCUUCGCUGCCAAUCUGAGCUUCGAUCCUCUGAAGCCGCUCAAGCCGCUGGAGGCCACGCCCCUGAACAGCCAGCAGUCAGUGGGAUUGGAGGCAACAACAGCAACAGCCACCGCAGCAGCACAAACGGGCCAAACUGAAGCGCGGGCUGGCCCGUCUAAUGGGGAAAAGUGUGUCGUCGCCAGCAGCACCGAAACCACCAACUUUGACCAGGGCAACGUUAACCCAGACAUUAAUAGCGACCGCCUUGAGUCCACAGCAGCGCCACCAGCAGCAGUUGCUGCUGCAGCAGCAGCGACGCUAUCGACUGCUCUAUCAGCAAACGGCUAUGGCCACAACCUCAACGGCAGUGAGCAGCUGCAUCAGCAGCAACAGCAACAGCAGCAGCAGCAGCUGCAACAGCAACCACACCAGCAGCAGUUUGAUUUGAGAGCAACCUCAACGCCAUCUCCACCUCCAGUUUCAGCUCCAGCAGUGGCGCUAGAGGAGCUCAAAGGAAGCAGCACCACCAGUACUCCCACUGGCUUUGCGAUGCCACUGAAGGAGACCCAUAUUUACACACCCUCGAAAUCAGAUACGGCUGUGGCAAGGACCACAACGCUAGCGCCCAUUGAUUUCGACUACGAGAUCGCGGCCACUGGCAUCAUCAUUGAUGAGACGGUGGUCAAGAAGGAGUACCGCGAUGUGGAGUACAAACCGCCGCCAUUUGGCCUGGACUCGCCCAGCAGAUUGCCCAGCAGCAACGGAACGAGCAGCUUUGAGCUUCCGACGACAGUGAACCCAAUGGCGGAGGAUGAUGAUUUCAGUGACUUCCAGUCGAUGCCAGCGAGAACGCAAGCCUCGCUACAGCCGCCAAGGAACGGGACGCCCACGUUUGGCGAACAAAUGAUACUCUGCCCGGCCAUAUUGCUGCCACAGGCCAUUCCCCUGGCCAAAACCACCAUAGAGUGGGGCGACAAUGCUCUGUCCAGCAUCAAUGCUGAGGAAAUGGCCCGCAUUGAAGAUCUGUUCUCGGCACAGUCCAAGCCCCCGACGAUAAGUGCAACGGUUGCCAAGCAGCCGCCCCAGCAACAGCAGCAGAACCAGCAGAAACAGGAGGAUGAUGAGUGGUCGGACUUUGUGUCGGUGCCUGUGCCCCAGCAGCAGCAGCAUCCACAGCAGAAACAGUCUUUUAGCAAUAAUAACAAUAUCAACAGCUUGAAGAAGCCCCCAUCUGGGACUGGGUCUGGGCCUGGGCCGAAAGAGGAUGAUUGGUCCGAUUUUGUGAGCAGCACUCCUCUGGCGGCCCGACCAUCGGCUCCACAGUUUAAUUCCGGGGCCUGGCAGAGCGCCAAUUUCUACAACAAUCCACUCAGUCUCUAUCAGCACCAGAAGCAGACGCAUGCCCACAGCAAUCUGGUGCCCAAAUAUCAGCACAGCGGCAGUGCCUCAACCAACCACAAUAACAAUAACAACAACAACAACAAUGUGCCAGCCAGGCCGCAGCAGAUCCACAUAAUGCACGACUUCUCCACGGCGCCCUCGACAACGGGCGCGGGCUCGUUGGCAGCCGGAGCCACCUAUCAGCAGCACCAUCAGCGGCAGCAAUUCCAGAUAGGCAAUGCCAAGGUGGCACCGCUCAUAUCCGUCAUACCCGAUCUGAGCUUUGUGGCCCCGGCCUUGCCCACAAAUGGGGGGGCCUUUAUGGGAUCGCUGCCGAAGCCCAGUUUCGGUGGCAAGAAAUGACAAAUGCUGCGCGGAGGGAAACAUCAUCUGAAUCCCCAACAGAAGCAGCAGCAACAGUCGUUGAGACCGCGUCCCCCGGCCGGAGAGGCCAGCAUCCUCACGUAGAGAUGCCUGCGGAUGGCCCGUGGAGAUAGUCAGUAUUAUGAAUCCGUCUGAUAAUUACCAUACACCGUACCAUACCGUAACGUCGUAUAUAUAAUAUCUGCCAACUGCAAUUGGAAGAUUACGAAAGAAAUUAGCAGCAGAAAAAAGUGUUUAAUGUUGUCGUUGAAGUUAUUGUUGUUGAUGUUGUUGUUAGGCGUUCUAGGAACAGGCACCACUCAGGCACUCCGUUCUCACUCAGUUCCCCUCCGAAGAUCGAGGAAACCCAACUCCAGUUCUGGUUCUUGCCCCCCCAGAUCGUUCUUGUGCAAUAUUUUUGAGCCGAUACUAAUUAAAAUAUAGAUAUUUUUAAAGGGAAAAAAAUUAGAUGUAAAAACUAGAGAUUUUAUAUGAUUUUUGUCAAGCCAGGACCCCUCCAGAGCCAGGAGCAGACUCCCGCAGUUUGAGAGCAUUCCAGAGAAAAGAAAACUUCCCUUUGCGACUUCCUUCCUAAUCCAACAGAAUACUCCAAGAAGUCCGAAUGAAGAAGAAACCCCAACCAACCCGCCUGAUGCGAACUUUUCUACCACUAAACAAUAUAUCGUGUACUUAAGAGAUGAGAGAAAACUAAAAAGUAAACCUAAAACCUAGGCAUAGGCUAGCAAUGUAACGAUAAUAGAUAUUAGCAGAUAGCAGAUAGCAUAUAGAAGAUAGCAGAUAGAGAUAUAGUAUCUCGUGCAUUCCAUUCCCAGAGUGUGUGCAGAUGUCUACUCGCCCAUGAUGAUCUCCAGAAAACGCGCGCAUUCGAAGGCAGAGAUGCAACCCCAAUCCGCUCCAGUUUUUUUCGUUUUUUUUAAUAUAAUUUUUGUUUGUUUUUCUCGUGUUAAAGUGUUUUUACCAUUUUUAUUUAUUUUACUUUAUGUUAUGCUUUUCUUUAAGUCGAGUGUGUGAGAGUGUUUGUGUGUGUGUAUGUGGAAAUUAUAAACAAUUAUUAACUAGAACUAAGUGUGUGUGUGUGUGCUUGGAUGUAAAUUAUACUUAAGUGUAUGUAAAUUACAAAUAGAUUGUGUUUCGUGUGUGUGUGUUUUUAUUUUGCUAAGUCAAUAAAAUAUAUAGGGCUAAAACAAGAGUA